CACUGAGCUCACUGCCUCCGCCAGCCGCAGCCGGGCUGGGUGUUGCUCUCCUCAAGCCGCGGUGGUGUCUGUGCUCGUCCCGCUCUCCGCCGGUCAGACAUGGCAGCGGUCCGGACUCUCAGGAAACUGUGCCAACACUCGCGGCAUCAAGUCUGUAAGCUGCACACGUCCGCCUGGAGGCAGGAGGCAGUGGUCAUCUCAGGAAGGAAACUGGCACGGCAGAUCCGGGAGGAGGCUCGGGUGGAUGUGGACAAAUGGGUUGUAGCCGGUCAUCGGAGACCCCAUCUGAGUGUGAUUCUGGUGGGAGACAACCCGGCCAGCCACUCCUACGUCCUCAACAAGACGCGGGCAGCAGCCGACGUCGGCAUCUCAAGUGAGACGAUCCUCAAGCAUUCGGACAUCAGUGAGGAGGAGUUACUGGACUUGAUCUACAAGCUCAAUGCAGACCAUCGCGUGGACGGCCUGCUGGUUCAGCUGCCUCUGCCAGAGCACAUCGACGAGCGCACGAUCUGCAAUGCCGUUUCCCCCACCAAGGACGUGGAUGGCUUCCACGUAGUCAACGUGGGCCGUAUGUGUCUGGAUCAAUCCACCAUGCUUCCUGCCACUCCCUGGGGUGUGUGGGAAAUUAUUAAACGCACAGGUAUUCCUACUUUGGGGAAGAAUGUUGUCGUGGCAGGACGCUCCAAAAACGUGGGCAUGCCCAUCGCCAUGUUACUGCAUACAGACGGGCGUCACGAGCGGCCAGGAGGUGAUGCAACAGUCACCAUUUGUCACCGUUACACUCCAAAAGACAAACUUCGCCAGCACACUCAGAUUGCCGACAUCGUCGUGGCUGCUGCAGGAAUCCCAAACCUGAUCACUGCAGACAUGAUCAAAGAGGGCGCGGCCGUGAUCGACGUGGGUAUAAACCGAGUGCAGGACCCCGUCACUGGGAAGAGCAGGCUGGUUGGAGAUGUGGAUUUUGAAGGCGUUAGACAGAAGGCCGGAUUCAUCACCCCGGUGCCUGGAGGCGUUGGACCCAUGACGGUGGCGAUGCUCAUGAAGAACACGAUCAAAGCGGCCAAGAACGUCCUGCUCUUUCCCCCGGAAAGGAUCCGCAUGGCUGCCGCGUCCUAAUGGGCCGGAGCACAUUUCAGCAACAGCGACACAUUCCACCUCUCAACACUACCACCCACCGUUCUCCUGCUGGGAGACCCUGAUGAACUCCCGUUGCACAUGGACUGGGAAGACGAUAGCUUGGAGUGUCUUUCUGCUGAUGUCUCUAACAUUGCCCUAACUCCAAGUCCAGCCAUGUUUAGACUGUUACCUUCCUCAUGCAGCUCCACGUUUUACAUAACCGGACUUUUAGUAUUUAUCAUUUCUUCUUUGUGUUACUGAGGUUUUUAAGGAUUUGUGUAAAAAAAAUAUUUAUUGCUACAGUGAUACAGUAUUUGAACCUGAAUGAAAAUAAGAAGAGGGUAGUCGACUUGACGCAGAUAACCGAACCCUGUUUUCCUCCGUUAGUUUAGCCUUAUGUACAAGAAGUGAUAAGGGCUAACACGAAACACAAGCUUUAAAGAUUCACAAUUGCCUUUGUAAAAACUGAAAUAAAUAUUAAAUAUGUUCUCACAUAAAUGCUGUUGUUUCUUUAGGCGAUGUUAAAUUGUUUUCUCUACUCAGGAUAAAAGACAAACUACCAGUACAGUUUGAUGCCAUCAGGAAAAUCAUGAGAAUAUCCCGGUACUCCGAGCUCAGAUUCUUCCAAUUGAGUUAAAGAGAUAUGACUAUAAUGUUGCAGUGUUUAUCUUAAGUUCAUUAAAUGUGACAACCUCUA